UUUUAAUUUCUCCCUAAAGGAAAGAACACAAGAAACGGACGGUUAUUUUAAGAAAUAUAACGGUUUGGGUUUGUUGUUUGCUUUGCUGAAAAAAACAUUACUUCAUAAAGAUAUUGGAAAAUACACAAUCAAGAAUGAGUGUGGAUGAGGACACGCGUUGGCUUGAAUGGGUCACAAAGCAGUUUGAGACUAUUGCAGGUGAAGACAAGGAGAUUGACUUGGAUGAGUUUAAAACAGCUCUUAAAGUGAAAGAGUCUUUUUUUGCAGAGAGGUUCUUUGCACUAUUUGAUUCAGAUGGCAGUGGCUCUAUUAGCCUCGAUGAGCUGCUGAAGGCUCUGGACCUCCUCAUUCAUGGCAGCGAGACAGACAAGCUGCGAUUUCUUUUCCAGGUCUAUGAUGUGGACGGAAGUGGUUCUAUAGACCCUGAUGAGUUGCGAACAGUGCUGAAAUCCUGCCUAAAGGAAAGCGCCAUCUCCCUGCCAGAGGAGAAACUGGAUGAUCUGACACUGGCUCUAUUUGAGUCAGCUGAUAAAGAUAACAGUGGCUCCAUUACAUUUGAGGAGCUAAAAGCAGAGCUUGAGACCUUCCCUGAGGUCAUGGAGAACCUCACCAUCAGUGCUGCUAACUGGUUAAAACCUCCUGAUGUGGACCAAACGAAGAGGAAGACGCCUCGCUAUUUGACUCGAGCGUACUGGCACAACAACAGCCGAAAGCUGUUCUUCCUCUGCCUGUACACCUUCAUCAACAUUCUCCUCUGCAUCAUAGCUAUGCUGCAGCAUGCUGCUGGUGGACCCUGGUUCAUGUUGGCGAAAGGGUGUGGAAUAUGCCUUAACCUCAACUGCACUUUUAUUAUGGUGCUGAUGCUACGGCGUUGUCUCACAUGGCUGCGUGCCACCUGGGUUGUGAAAAUCCUACCUUUGGACCAGAACAUCCUUCUGCAUCAGAUAGUGGGUUAUGCCAUCUUCAUCUUCACUCUGGUGCACACAAUGGCACAUGUCAUGAACUUUGUUUUGCUAUCGCGAGGAGAUAGAGGAUAUAAGAUGUGGGAAUACCUGUUCACCACACGCCCGGGUAUUGGAUGGGUUCAGGGCACUGCCUCUAUCACUGGCGUUGUGUUGCAGGUCCUCAUCUUUCUCAUGGUGGUUUGUUCCAGCACAUUUGUCAGACGCAGUGGUCAUUUUGAGGUAUUCUACUGGUCUCAUCUUUCUUAUAUUUGGGUCUGGGCACUGCUCAUAGUCCACUGUGCAAAUUUCUGGAAGUGGUUUGUGGCACCUGGUGUGAUCUUCCUUGUGGAGAAGAUAGUUGGCAUGGCAGUGUCUCGCAUGGCAACCCUGUACAUUGUUGAGGUCAACCUGCUGCCAUCUAAGGUAACACAUCUAGUGAUUAAGCGGCCACCGUUCUUCCAUUUUAAACCUGGUGACUAUGUCUACAUCAACAUCCCAGUCAUAGCCAAGUAUGAGUGGCACCCAUUCACCAUCAGCAGUGCACCAGAGCAACAAGAUACCAUGUGGCUCCACGUGCGCUCAAUGGGCCAGUGGACAAAUCGGCUGUUUGAGUAUUUUCGACAAUCUGAGGGCCAAGCCAUCAGCAACAAGAGACUUACAGCCAGCCUGAGGAACCGAAGACACCAUGCGAGCACCCAGCAGGAGGAGCUGUUCAAAUCUGCGGGCAUCGGUGAAACUGUAGCAUCUAAUGAGGAUAAUGCCAUUGAGCUAACUUCUUAUCGCAAGAACGGAGUACGGUCCAAUUCUCAGAAACCAAACCCAGACUUCGGAGUGCAAGUAGAAUUGGGUGAUGGGCCUUCAGGUACCAGAGAGAUCUCUGCUAAACUAAGUGAGAAUCAUCAAUACUGUAACAUCAAGUGUUAUGUAGAUGGGCCCUAUGGCACACCAACCAGGCAGAUUUUUGCCUCAGAGCAUGCAGUGCUGAUUGGGGCUGGCAUUGGCAUCACACCCUUUGCUUCCAUCUUACAAAGCAUCAUGUACCGUUAUCGAAUGAGGAAGCAGAACUGCCCAAACUGCAACUACUCCUGGUGUGAGACUAUCAAAGAUAAUGAGAUGAAGCUGAGGAAGGUGGAUUUCAUUUGGAUAAACCGAGACCAAAAGUCCUUUGAGUGGUUUGUCAGCUUGUUGACCAAAUUGGAGAUGGACCAGGCUGAUGAGGAACCUGAGGGUCGUUUUUUGGAGAUGCACAUGUACAUGACGUCAGCUUUGAGUAAGAAUGAUAUGAAGGCUAUCGGGCUGCAGAUGGCAUUAGACUUGUUGGCAAAGAAAGAGAAGAGAGACUCUAUCACUGGCCUGCGGACACGCACACAGCCAGGCAGACCCGAGUGGGGCAAGGUGUUCCAGAAGGUGUCUGAGGAAAAGAAAGGCAAGGUCCAUGUUUUCUACUGUGGCUCCCUGGCACUUGCCAAAGUUAUCAAGGCUCAGUGCGAGAAAUUUGGAUUUAAUUUCUACAAAGAAAACUUCUAAGAUACUUGUUCAUGUUUCUUGGGUAUUUCCUUACUUGCAUUUUUCAUACCCAUAGAAUAUAAGUCUGUUUUUGUUUUUUUGUUUUUAUCUGUGUCAUAUUUCCUAUUUUGUACUGUAGGAUUGUCUUCUCUUCAUGAAUGCACUUGCCCUCGCACUUUCAAACUCACUUUGAAUACACCCAGACAACCAAAUGACCAUAGCAAGAUUCACAUUUUAAAAUGAAUGCCAUUGGUUUUCAAGUUGCAAUUUGCUGUUUCUGCUCAGAGUUAGUAAAAUUCAUUUAAAAAGUAAUAGAUUAAGUAGAUAUUGUAGCUUUAACAUGAUUAUGAAGUUGAGUUGUCCUUAAGUAAUAAUGUCUAGUGUGAUUAGAUUCACAUAUAUAUAGUUUCACAUAUAUGCAUUGUGCACAUAUUUUGUGUGUGUGUGUGUGUGUGUGUGUUUUACACCAUAAAGAUAUUUCUAUUCAAGGUAAACUAGAAGUGUAAUGAUUGUAUGUAAAGGUUUUAUUGCCAUGAAUAUGUUUUUUGUGAUUCUUUUUCUUGCACGUUUAGUGAGUUAAACUAUGUAUUAGAAUAUAUCUGUUAAAACUUCUUAAAAUUAUAUUGUACCUCUGAAAGUCUAUUGAAUAUAAACCAAUGGAAACUUACUAACUGAUAAGCAAUGUUAGUGACAUUCAUAACGUAAUACUGGUACAUAAUAAUGUAAUAAUGUUCUGUUUGAACAUAUAAAUAGAGUGUACAGUAGUUUGGAACCGGAGCCUAUUCAUGGGAACACUGGGCUUGGCUGGAAUACCCACUGAAUUGAGGACAGUAUAUUCACACACUCAUUGGCGAUUUAGAAACACCAAACACAUUUGAUGCAUACCUUAAGAAUGUGGAAAUAUCCAUUAGCUCAAGAGCAGGUUGAAAUCAGGGACCCUGGAGCACCCACUGCACCACUUAUAUUGCAGUAAAGUGCAGGUUCCCUAUAAGUGGUCCUGGAAUGUCCAAUGUUUUGUCUAUUUUAUUGUUUUUCCUGCUACCAGCUCCCAAUUAAUAGUUGAAGUGGGUGAGUUAGAACUGAAAAACCACUAAAAUGUGCUCUUCAGGACCAGGAUUGGGAUCCUGUGCAUUAAAGUUGUUGUAGCUGCUGCUCUUGUUAUUGUUGUUAUUCUCUUCCCACAGCGGAGCAUCUCUUUAGUAGCUAUACUU